AUGAAUUGGCGCAACUUCCUCUGCAGCCCUGCACAGCGCACGAGAGCAAGAGGGUGGCACCUCGGGGGGAAACUCCCCUUCACGGGAAAGUGCUUCCUCACCAAUGAAGCCAAACCGUUUAAGGUGGGAAUCAUUGGAGCAGGCCCGUCGGCGCUCUACUGCUGCAAGCAUUUGCUAAAACAUGAAAGAGUUAAAGUUGACAUUUUUGAGAAGCUACCCAACCCGUAUGGUCUCAUCAGAUAUGGAGUGGCCCCCGACCACAUUCAUGUGAAGAAUACCUACAGAACGUUUGACCUCGUUUUUUCAAGCCCCAAUUACAGAUUUUUUGGAAAUGUGCAUGUAGGGGUGGACUUAAAAAUGGAAGAACUUCGACGCCACUACAACUGUGUCAUUUUUUGUUGCGGAGCGUCUGAAGUGUCGAUUCCCAUUGGGCAGCAGGAUGAGGAUAAAGCGGUUAGCGGGGGAGAAACAAAUCCCCGAAAGCAGAACGGCCUUUUCCAUGCGAGGGACCUCAUCUACUUUUACAACAACAUGUACAACGACGUGCGAUGCAGAGCAGUGGAGAAUUACCUAAAAUCGUUCGAAAAUUUCACCACCUGCAUCAUCAUAGGGAAUGGGAAUGUAUCUCUUGACAUAGCACGCAUAUUGGUAAAAUCCCCCAACCAUUUAAGCAAAACAGACAUCAGCAGUGACUACCUGAAGGUGAUGAAGCAACACAAAAUUAAACACAUUUACAUUGUUGGGCGCAGGGGAUUCUGGCAGUCAUCCUUUACCAAUGCAGAACUGAGGGAAUUAAUUUCGUUAGAGAAUACCAAAGUUAUUUUAAGCAAAAAAAAUUAUGACCUUUGUUGCCAUUUAAAAAGUGAU